AGGUCAUGAGUCUGGGAAAAUGGCGGAUUUUCUGGGGAUGAAAUUUUCAGCAAUGAUUAUCUUCAAGUUUCACCGCGUUUUUACCUAAACAUCUUCACAAUGUUCCCACAGGGUCCAGGUCAGGGGGGCCAACCUCCUCCCUUCAGAUACCCCCCAGUGCCCCCGGGUAUGUUCCCACCUGCCCAGGGACAGGGUCCGAGGCCAGGUCCCCCCAGAGGCCUCCCUCCACGGUCAGGGCCACCCCAGGACCAUCACGGGUCAUUCUUACUGCCCCAGCAGGGGCCGUUUGGUGGCCCGCGGCCGGGUGCGCCCUGGGGACAGGCGCCUGGCAUGCACACGGGCCCACCUCAAGGCCGGUCAGUCAUCAGACCCCCUCAGUUUAGCCCGACACAGCCGCGGCCUGAUUUCGGGGCACCCCAUCCAGGAUUUCCACCUCCCAGGGGACCAGUUCAUCAACACAGGCCACCAAUGAGGGGGCCUCCACCCAAUCAGGGGCCAAUGUUGAGAGGACCUCCACCCAAUCAGAGUACUGGAUUCAGACCGCCGCCACCCAAUCAGGGCCAACCAUUAAGAGGACCCCCACCCAAUCAGGGCCCACUAUUGAGAGGACCACCGCCCAAUCAGGGCCCACCGUUAAAAGGACCACCAACCAAUCAGGGUCCUCCAUUCAGAGGCCCGCCGCCCAAUGAGGGACCUCGUAUGAGAAGCCCCCAUCCUCCACAACAAAGACAACCUUCUCCAUUUGGUUUUCCUGCUUCUCCAUUUCCAGGACAGUCUCCUAGUCAACCUCUAACACCGCCCACCAGUGGGCCUCGUCCUAUUCCUCCAGCUAAGGCAUGGGGCGGUGGGAAUACAGCUGAUACAGGGUGGGGGACACCCCCUAAAGGAGGGGUAUCAUGGGAAGGGCUGCCCAAAUCUUGGGGGGAUGAUUCAAAACCAGAGAGAACUGAAGCAUCGUGGGAUGUUGAUGAACCUGGAACAAGCAAAACGUCACUGGGUUGGGGUGAGACAGGACCAAGCAAACCCUCUGUGGAGACAGAUCAGCCUGGACCAAGUAAAGCAUCAUGGGGCACGGAAGAGCCUGGACCAAGCAAAGCAUCAUGGGGGAUGGAAGAGCCUGCACCAAGCAAGGCAUCAUGGGGGAUGGACAAGCCUGGACCAAAGAAAGCCUCAUGGGAAAUGGACUCACCUAGUGCAUCGUGGGGGACAGAAACAUCCAGUACAAGCAGAUGGGAUGAGGGGGGUUGGGGCGACCCCAAGGGAGCUGGGAAGUCAUCACAGACUGGGAGGAAACGGAUUUCCUCUGCAGCAUCUGAUGAGCGAAGGCAGAGUGAGCGGGGUGAGAAGAGGCGGCGGGAUUACAGAGAUGACGACUGGGGCCAGUGGGAUCCUGAGUCAGUAGACGUGCCCACUCCUACUGACACAGCCACCAAGGAGGGGAGCAGUAGUGAGAGGGACAGGGACAGGGAGAGGAGACCCAGCACCAGUAAGGGGUGGGACAGUCAUCCUAAGGAGACUUCCAGAAGGAAGGAGCAUUCAAGGUCCCCUCCCAGGCAUUCCAGAUCCAGCUCCCCUUCUCCCAAGCGGUCCCGGUGGGAGCACAUCGACAAGGAGGUUGUGAAGGAGAAGGAGAAGCCCAUCUGGGAGUGGCUGAGUGGGGGGUCGGAGCAGGACAAGGGGGAGGACGAUAAGACCAAGAACCCCCCCUGGGUCAGAUGCUCCCCGGGAGACACCUAUUAUGACAACUGUGCCUCUCAGCAAUUCAAUGGCUCGAGUGUUGUGGCCACAGACAAGCUGAAGGCCCUGUACAAACAGUUUGAGGAGGUGCUGGGCCUGCGGCAGACCGGGGCCAUGGACGCCAAGCCCCCGCGGGAAGAACCUCCCGAGCCCGAGCCGCCGCCCGAGGACUCUGAGUCCGAGGAGACCAGUUCCUCCAGCAGCAGUGAGGAAAGUGAGACGGAGGACACAGAAAAUGAAGAAGAGGCAGAAAACAUCAUGGAGGAGCUGCGUAAGAAGAAGGCUCACCCCGACAGACUUCACGAGGAGCUGUGGUACAACGAUCCCGGAGAGAUGAAUGAUGGCCCCCUGUGCCGGUGCAGUUUAAAGUCCAGGCGGACAGGCAUCCGCCACAACAUCUACCCUGGAGAAGAGCUGAUCCCCAAAUGUGACCCCUACACCAACAAUGCCAACAGACUGCACCAUUACAGGAUCACCAUGUCACCCUUUACCAACUUCCUGACAGACCGUCCCACAGUGAUCCAGUAUGACGACCAUGAGUACAUCUUUGAGGGAUUCUCCAUGUUGUCUCACCACAAACUGCAGAAUAUACCUGACUGUAAACUCAUCCGAUUCAAUAUUGAGUACACCAUCCAUCUGAUUGAAGAAAAGAUGCCAGAGAACUUCUGUGUGCAUGGACUGGACAUGUUUGCAGACUUCUUGUUUAAUGACAUCCUGGAGCUGGUAGACUGGGACAGAUGGGGUCCAUCCAGAGUAGAUGGGAAGAAGAAGGGCUGCUGCAGGUUCCACUUCAUGCCCCGCUUUGUCAGAAACUUGCCAGAGAAUGGUAAAGAAGUGCUGGCCAUGCACCAGGUCCUGCAGUACCUGCAGAGGAGUAACCGGCCGCUGGUGGAGGCGUCGGAGCUGGCCCUGCUGCUGCAGCUGGAGGAGUACGAGUGGCAGAGGUUUGCUGAACAAACCAAGAACAUGAUCGUCACCCAUCCUGGAAUGAAGCCCUGUUCAGUUCGUGUGGACCAGUUGGACAGAGAGCAGCUGAACCCAGAUGUCAUCAGUUAUCCUGUCAUUGUACACUUUGGCAUCAGACCUGCACAGCUCAGCUAUGCUGGAGACCCCAAAUACCAAAAGUUGUGGAAGUCAUACUUGAGAUUACGACAUCUUCUUGCAAACAGCCCAAAAGUCCGGCCCCAGGACAGACAAAAACUCUUCAUUCGAGAGACUGAAUUACAAAAGAUUCGGUCUAAAAGUGAGAUGAGAAGAGAAGUGACAGUUGAGCUGAGUAGUGAAGGGUUUGUCAGGACAGGAAUCCGGUCGGACGUGUGCCAGCAUGCCCUGCUGCUUCCUGUGCUGAUGCACUACCUCCGGUACCACGCCUGUCUGAACGAGCUGGACCAGCUGUUGGGCUCCAAGUUUGAGGACAGAUCCCUGUUAGAGCUUGCCCUGACUCAUCCUUCUCACCAUCUGAACUUCGGUAUGAAUCCUGACCAUGCCCGAAACUCCCUGUCCAACUGUGGUAUGAGACAGCCAAAGUACGGGGACAGAAGAAUUCACCAUGUACAUACUCGCAAGAAGGGUAUCAACACACUGAUCAACAUCAUGUCCAGAAUGGGUCAUGAUGAGGAAACACCAUCGCUUAUCAACCACAAUGAGAGAUUGGAGUUUCUGGGUGAUGCUGUAGUAGAGUUUCUCACCAGUUCCCAUCUCUAUUUUAUGUUCCCUGACUUGGAGGAGGGAGGCCUGGCAACUUACAGGACAGCCAUCGUCCAAAAUCAACACUUGGCUGUUCUGGCAAAGAAGUUGCGUCUGGAUGAGUUCAUGCUGUACGCCCACGGGCCGGACCUGUGCCGUGAGUCAGACCUGCGCCACGCCAUGGCCAACUGUCUGGAGGCCCUGAUCGGAGCCAUGUACAUGCAGCAGGGCCUGGAGGAGACCAAGAAACUCUUCUGUAGACUGCUCUUCAGCGACGAGGACCUUCAAGAUAUCUGGUUGAACCAUCCCACACAUCCACUACAGCAACAAGAGCCUGAAGGAGACCGUCAUCUGAUAGAAUCAUCACCAGUGCUAAAGCGGCUGACAGAGUUUGAGAGUCGGUGUGGGAUGGAGUUCAAACAUGUCCGUCUGCUGGCCCGAGCCUUCACACACAGGACUGUAGGCUUCAACAACCUCACUCUAGGCCACAACCAGCGUCUGGAGUUCCUGGGAGACUCUGUGAUGCAGAUGGUGUCAUCAGAGUACCUGUACAAACACUUCCCUGAUCAUCACGAGGGUCAUCUGUCUCUGCUGAGAAGUUCCCUGGUGAACAACAGGACCCAGGCGCUGGUGUCUCAGGACCUGGGCAUGGAGGAGUACAUCAUCUCCAGCGACAAGGCACGGCAGGGCAAACUGUCUCUCCGACAGAAAACACUCGCUGAUCUCAUGGAAGCCUUUAUGGGUGCUCUGUAUGUGGACCAGGGUCUGGAGUAUGUGUGUGUCUUCAUGAAUGUCUGCUUCUUCCCAAGGCUAAGGGAGUUCAUCAUGAACCAGGAGUGGAAUGACCCCAAGUCCCAGCUUCAGCAGUGCUGCCUGACCUUGAGGACAGAGGGCAAGGAGCCGGACAUCCCCUUCUACAAGAUACUGGAUAAAGCUGGCCCCUCUCAUGCCAGGAAGUACACUGUGGCUGUGUACUUCAAGGGGGAGAGGAUCGGUACAGGAGUGGGCUCCAGCAUACAGCAGGCUGAGAUGGCAGCAGCAAGGGAUGCACUCAAGAACUACAAGUUCCCCCAGCUGGCUCACCAGCGCAGGUUCAUGGACAAGAAGUACAAACAUCUCCGCAGGAUCCUCGACAUCGAGGAGGAGAGGAGCGGGAAAAGGAAAGAAGGAGGGAGAGACAAGGAGAGGAGGAAGGACAGAAGGAGGGAGCCACCAAAGAAGAAGGCCAGAAGACCAGAGAGGGGAGCAAGUCUCCAAACUUGAAGUGAUUUGCACUGCAUUAACCCUCUAUUAUCCUAACAGUUUAAACAUUCUCAUUAUGUAAAUACCGGUAAGGCUAAUAU